AAGGUGCACUAUAGCAUUGUCGCCUCCAGGGUAAAUGGUUUUUCCAUUGAUUAUGAUAAUGGAUUAGUGAAACUGCAUCGGAAAUUGGAUUCCCGUUCGAAUCCAGUUACUUUGCUUCUAAGAGCGAAAGAUUCCGGGCAACCAGCUCAGUCCACAACAGUCAACUGUCUUGUGAACAUCAUCGACAUCAACGAUCACAAACCUCGUUUCUUUGCCUCACGACAAGAGUUAUUUGUGGAAGAAAACGUACCGAUUGGUUAUGAAGUAACUCGAGCAUUCGCUGUUGACGAAGACAGUGGCGCGAAUGGCUUAAUCACUUACUCGCUGGAAGCGGAUAAUGAUAGCAAAGAAACCUUUCAAAUUGAUGCUACAACAGGAGCAGUUACAACAGUAACUAAAUUGGAUAGAGAAACCAGGGAAAAAUACGUGCUCAAAGUGAGAGCUGAUGAUGGUGGUGAUCCGCCGCUAUCGGACACUCUAUUAAUAACUAUAACAAUACGAGAUAUCAAUGAUAACACACCGUAUUUUGAGCCGGACAUUUAUAACGUUACUAUACCCGAAAAUACCGCUCGUGGAACACAACUCAUCAAUGUAAAAGCCAUUGAUCGGGACAGUGAGCAGAAAAUUGUGUAUCGUAUCGAAAAGUCAGACAAAGGGAUCUUCUCCCUAGUUUAUUCAGCUGAACAGGGAGCAGUAUUAUCACUAUCCGGUGAAAUUGGACGCACGGACGAUGUGUUGCGUGUGGUGAUAUCGGCAACAGAUCAUGGUGGUUUGAAAGGCACUUGCACAGUAAUCAUUACUGUGACCGACGUCAACACAGCUCCGGUAUUUUUGUUGCAUCCAUUUACGGUGCACGUCCUGGAAAAUGUCCCUGUUGGUUCUGAAGUAAUGCACAUGAGAGCCGAGGACUACGACAGACAUAUGAAUGCCAAACUCACCUACACAAUUGACAGUAAAGAAUUUACUAUAAAUGAGCACACCGGCUUAAUAGUGGUUGCUAAGGAGCUUGAUCGUGAAGAACAAAAUAGUUAUGUGCUGAACGUUACCGUCAGUGAUCAAGCGGCUAGUCCACUUAGCUCGAGCACACUUCUGGAAGUUAUUGUGGAUGACGUGAACGAUAAUGCUCCAGAAUUUACGUCAGAAAACUAUACGGUAACAAUAGCAGAGGAUACACCGAUUGGAACAUCGUUCAUACAAAUAACAGCUACUGAUGUAGAUGAGGGAGAUAACGCACUUAUUGACUAUUAUCUGAUGGAGCAGGAUGGUGAUAGUGCUGCGUUUAAGUUGGAUCGGUCAUCUGGUACGCUGCGAGUAAUCAGUAAUCUAGAUCGUGAAUUGAUUCCAAAGUAUUUGUUAACGAUAACGGCUCAAGAUCGCGGUAGCCCAUCCUUCUCAUCUUUUUGCACCGUAUCAGUGGUUAUUACUGAUGUGAACGACAAUGCUCCACAAUUUGAGUCAUCGCAGUACGACUUAUGGGUUGCUGAAAAUAGUCCGGCUGGCACAACGAUUGGGACUAUCAUAUCCCGUGAUCUAGAUGAGGGAGAAAACGCACGCAUUCAUUUUCGAAUAUUUGGUGGUAUUGACGCAAAAUUUUUUGACAUUCAAGAGGUAAAAAUUCUAUAA